AUGGCGACAGGUGUACCGAAGCUAACAUACGCGAACGCAGUGUUGGCAUCGCGGGCAUCGAGACAAAUUACGGCCAUCUUUGAUAGAACUCAGGUGGCCGCAGGGAAAUGGGCUAUGGGGAUCACGGCACAUAAGGUCGCGACAGAGUUUGUGCUCGGCGAGCUUGGGUGGUCCACAUUCGAGAGCAGAGAGGCGCAGAGCAAAAUCCGAUACUUCGCAAGAGUAAGUGCGAUGGAUUCAGACCGAUGGCCACGGAAGUGCCUAUCGAUGAUGGCCUCUACAAAUAUAUACACAGAAGCCACAGCCCGACUGAACUUUCUAAAAAAACGAUUCUCAUGCACGGAUAUUCCCCUAGAAUAUACGGGAGAUCAGAGUGCGAGAUUCCAACUCUUCAAUGAACAAGUGAAGAGGAGGAUAAAAGAAAAACUAAGUGAGCAAUGGACGGAGUCAAUGAGCUCGAAAUCAAGUCUCACCCUAUAUAGACAAUGGAAAGUAAGGGGCGUAACGGUACGCGGGCUAUAUACGAAUAGUCGAGGGAGUACAUUGUUAGCACUGGCCAGAGCGGGAAUGCUACCGACCAGAGCACAUCGAACGAAAUACGAACCACUCGACCCAUUGUGUACGAAAUGCGGGAGAGAGGUAGAAACAAUCCCUCACAUCAUCAUGAAAUGUGAACCAUAUCACUCUGAGACGAAUGAGCUCCCCAGAAUGCUGGGCUUGGAGGGGGAGGGUGACGAUGGGACAUGUGAGGAGACGAAGAGAACGCUCGAGGAAUGGGAAGACGAGGCCCGAAGGAUCCGCUAG